GGUUUCAAAAUGGCAGGUGAUUCUUGGUUAACAGAACAUGAUGAGUGCUCUAGAAAGGGCCAAGAAAUUAUGGAGAAGAUUAAUGAGAGAAACAAACACAAUAGAACUAGUUCACAAUAUACCAAGCUGUCAGCACAUGUUCGUAGUAAUAUGAAACAGUUUUCUUCUAGUUUAAACAUGUUACGACAAAAUUUAAUGAGAUCAUCAGCUUCAUAUCAUAUAACACAAAGAGAAGUUGAAAGACGUCAAAUGUUAGUUGAUAAUUUAACAUCUAAAGAAAAACAAUUAGACCAGGCAUUUCGUAAUGAGAGUGGUGCUGGAAGCUAUGUAAGGUCACCUGGUAAAGGAGAUAGAAGUUCAUUACUGGGUGGAGAAACAUUUGGUGCCAAUGAUCCUUGGGGAAUUGGUGAAGAACCAGAUCAAUUUCAAGGCGUAACUAACUCUGGUUUACAAGCUCAACAACAAUCAGUUAUUCAGGAACAAGACAGAGGUUUAGAUGCAUUAAGCUCAGUUAUAGCUCGACAAAAACAGAUGGCCUUAGAUAUUGGUGAUGAAGUUGACCAACAAAAUAUAUUAAUAGAUGAUAUAACAGAUCAUGUAGAUAGAACUGGUGAAAGAUUAAUUAAGGAAACCAGACAUGUUAAUAUUGUAGAUAAAAAAUCAAAUACUUGUUGUUAUUGGGUUAUUAUUGUAGUGUUAUUUAUUACUAUGAUUGUUAUUGUUGCUGUACCAUACAAUGGAAAACCAUAACAGCCUUAUCUAGAGUCAUCAUUUGAUUUGGAUACUUGUGAUAUCUUUCUAUAAUUCCAAUAAUUGUCUAUUAAGGAACUUUCUUUUGUGCAAUAUGAUGUAAAGUAAAUUGUUAUUUUUUUACUGUCAAAAUAUUUAAUUAAUUUAAAAUACAGCACAGAAUUAAAUAUUAAUAAGGGAUACAGAUCAAAUUAUUUUCUGAAAAGGAAUAAGGAUGUUCUAGCUAUCUGUAUCACUUAUCAUAAUGAAAUUGGGAUGUCUAGUUUGUCUAUAAUUAAAGACAUGCAAUCAAGGCUGUUAAUUCAUCAUUAUAUUUGUAAUAUUUUUAUGAAAGAAAGUCAAUAACUGCCUGAAUACUGUCAGUCAUCUCUACCUCAAUUACAGACAAAUCAGAUGUCAUAUUUGCAUUUUGGAAAGGGAUAUGUGCUGCUCUAUUAGCAAGGAAAGCAAAUAACUAUUCUUUUAUGAUUUCUCCAUAUUUCUAACUUGUAAAAAUCACAAUAUUAUGCUCACAUAUUAUAUAAAAUGAAGUAAAAUGGAAAUAUUAUUUUUAUUGACCUGUAUAUAUGUAAUAAUCUUUAUAUUGUUAGUUGUACAACCAAAACAAGUAUCAUUUUAUUAUUGUAUGUACAUUAAGUUGUCUUUGUUUUUUGAUACAAUUUCAAUUUUCAA